CUGCCAAGCUGCGAGCCCACAUCAUGGAUGGCGAGCUCUCAGGUUUCGCCUGGCUCGCCCUGGCAUCCCAGACCCCAGACGACCAGCGGGAUUCAUGAGCCACUUGCAGGGGCCGGGGCAGGGGCCUCUGGCUCCCAAAACUGGACAAGAGGUGGGUCCCGGGGCGGGUCGCUGCUCCCGAGGCCGGGCGGGGACGCGCUGCCUCCGCCCUGCCUCCCUGUGGUCCACACCCCCUUCGGGCUCCGCAGCCUGCCGGCUGGGAUAACGCGGGGUGCGCACGAGCCGGCGCUGCCAGCCUCGCUACUGCCCGGGGUUCGGGUCCCAGGUGCUGAGGACGAAGCACCUGAGUCCUCCUCGCCUGCCCCUCCUCUCUGUUCACCUGCCCUGUUCGUCCACUCGCCUUAAAGGCCAGCGGCUCCAGCCCAGACGGAGAGGGGCCAGCAGGGGGAGAGCGCACCUGAGGAUACACAGCUGGCCCUGCUCUGCCUUUUCACCCUUAGGUGAUGAGUGAGGCCAGGAGAAGAACACAAGAUUUAAAAAGCAACCCGGGCCUCCGUUUUGAAUGAACGACCCAGAGCAAAGGCAUCACCAUGAACACGAGCAUUCCUUACCAGCAGAGUCCGUACAGUCCCCGGGGCAGCUCCAACGUCAUCCAGUGCUACCGCUGCGGAGACACCUGCAAAGGAGAGGUGGUCCGUGUCCACAACAACCACUUCCACAUCAGAUGCUUCACUUGUCAAGUAUGUGGAUGUGGCCUGGCCCAGUCGGGCUUCUUCUUCAAGAACCAGGAGUACAUCUGCACCCAGGAUUACCAGCAGCUCUAUGGCACCCGCUGUGACAGCUGCCGGGACUUCAUCACGGGGGAGGUCAUCUCCGCCCUGGGCCGCACCUACCACCCUAAGUGCUUCGUGUGCAGCCUGUGCAGGAAGCCUUUCCCUAUUGGAGAUAAGGUGACCUUCAGUGGUAAAGAAUGUGUCUGUCAGACGUGCUCCCAGUCGAUGACCAGCAGCAAGCCAAUCAAGAUCCGUGGACCAAGCCACUGUGCUGGGUGCAAAGAGGAGAUUAAACACGGCCAGUCACUCCUGGCACUGGACAAGCAAUGGCACGUCAGCUGUUUCAAAUGCCAGACCUGUAGCGUCAUCCUCACUGGGGAAUACAUUAGCAAGGAUGGUGUUCCGUACUGCGAGUCUGAUUACCACGCCCAGUUUGGCAUCAAAUGUGAGACUUGUGACCGGUACAUCAGUGGCAGGGUCUUGGAGGCAGGAGGAAAACACUACCACCCUACCUGUGCCAGAUGUGUGCGCUGCCACCAGAUGUUCACUGAAGGGGAGGAGAUGUACCUCACAGGUUCUGAGGUUUGGCACCCGAUCUGCAAGCAGGCAGCCAGGGCAGAGAAGAAGCUCAAGCAUAGACGGACAUCUGAAACUUCCAUCUCACCCCCCGGAUCCAGCAUCGGGUCGCCUAACCGAGUCAUCUGUGCUAAAGUGGAUAAUGAGAUCCUUAAUUACAAAGACCUGGCGGCUCUCCCCAAGGUUAAGUCCAUCUACGAGGUGCAACGUCCCAACCUCAUUUCCUACGAGCCUCAUUCCAGAUACACCUCCGACGAGAUGCUGGAGAGAUGCGGUUACGGAGAGGACAUCUAUGAGAACUUGGACCUCCGGCAGAGACGGGCCUCCAGCCCGGGAUACAUCGAUUCCCCCACCUACAGUCAGCAAGGCAUGUCUCCCACCUUCUCCCGCUCACCUCAUCAUUACUACCGCUCAGGGCCUGAGAGUGGCCGGAGCUCUCCGUACCAUAGCCAGUUAGAUGUGAGGUCCUCCACUCCGACCUCUUACCAGGCUCCUAAGCACUUUCAUAUCCCAGCUGGAGAAAGUAACAUCUACCGAAAACCCCCGAUCUACAAACGGCAUGGUGAUUUGUCCACAGCAACCAAGAGCAAGACGAGUGAAGACAUCAGCCAGGCCUCCAAGUACAGCCCAGCCUACUCACCAGACCCCUACUAUGCUUCAGAGUCUGACUAUUGGACCUACCAUGGGUCCCCCAAAGUGCCCAGAGCCAGAAGGUUCUCAUCUGGAGGAGAGGAAGACGAUUUUGACCGCAGUAUGCACAAGCUCCAGAGUGGAAUUGGCCGGCUGAUUCUGAAGGAAGAAAUGAAGGCACGAUCAAGCUCCUAUGCGGAUCCUUGGACCCCUCCGCGGAGCUCCACCAGCAGUCGGGAGGCCCUGCACACCACUGGCUAUGAGAUGUCCUUCAAUGGCUCCCCCCGUUCACACUACCUGGCUGACAGUGACCCUCUCAUCUCCAAGUCUGCCUCACUGCCUGCCUACAGGAGAAAUGGGCUGCACAGGACACCCAGUGCCGACCUCUUCCACUACGACAGCAUGAACGCAGUCAACUGGGGCAUGCGAGAGUACAAGGUAAAGAACACAUAGACCCUGGGGGUCUCCAGGAUUCGGGGAAGCUCUACCUUGGGGAGCAGCAAGAGGAUGACAACACCAUCUAUGCAAGGACGAGGCAUAGAUGAAGGACCUGUCAGAACUAACAUGGUCUCUCCUUGGCCCACUGUCCCUGAAUCCUCCCUAGGUCUCCUCUAACCCUUCUGCUGCCCCUAAGGAUCCUGGGACACCACAGGCACCACCCGGAUAGCUUAACAGUUACCAACUAUUAGACAUUUACAUUCCAAAGGCCUUGGGGCCACAUUAAUGUCAAAUGCCACCACCAAGCUUAUCUUUAGCAAUACUAUUGCACUCUGGGGACCAUGCCAACCCAAGGAGGGCAGAGCCAGCCCUUGCUCCUGAUUAAAUAUCUGACCUUAGUGAAUAGAAGAAGCAGCCCAGUCACAAGCUGCUGCAGGAAAAGACAAACUCACCCACCUCAACCAAGCUAGAUAUGCCCCCCUUUCUCCUUAGAUCUACCCAUAUGAGCUGCUGCUGGUGACCACAAGAGGAAGGAACCGGCUGCCAAAGGAUGUGGACCGAACUCGCUUAGAGCGCCACCUGUCCCAGGAGGAGUUCUACCAAGUCUUCGGCAUGACCAUCUCAGAGUUCGAGAGGCUAGCCCUCUGGAAGAGGAAUGAACUGAAGAAGCAAGCCCGGCUGUUCUAGGCGGAGGCUGUAUACAUAUAGAUGCGUUUAUAUAAAGAUGUAUGUAAAUCUCUA